AUGUACUUCAUGUCCUCCGCGGAGGUUGGACUCGUUCUUCCUCGCAAAGCUUCAUAUCCAGCAUUAGUAGGACCCUUCCACAAAUACAUCGCCGUACCCUCUCGGGCAAGAGCCAACACUGCGGUAACCUCCGGAAUGGCAGAUCCUCAAGACCCCUCCUCCCUGGAGGAAAUCCUAUGGCGAUCGCCAUCUCACAUCCAAAUGAUGGGCGGAUACCUCCAUUCAAACAACAUCCUCUUCUACUUCGCCGAAUCCCCCUUCUUCGACGCAACCUCGAACAACGCCUCGCUAGCCAUCCAAGCGAAUUACAAUGAAGCCUUUCGGCACUUCGUGGAGACCCGCGAGGCUUUCGAGAACCGCCUCAAGUCCAUGCAAGGGUUGGAAUUCGUGGUUGCGUACGAUCCUUUACAAGCUGCAGCGGGGGCCAAUGCGCAAUUCGCACAUGAGCCUUCCAACGUCUGGGUGAUUCGGAAACAAACGAGGCGGAAGCGGGCGGGGUUUGAGGAUGAAGUCGUGGUUUUGGCUACGUUCUUUGUGGUGGGCGAUUGCAUCUAUAUGGCUCCUUCGGUCGCGAGUGUUGUGGGGAAUCGGAUUCUCUCGGCAGUGACGUCUCUCACAAGUCUGCUCAAAACUGCAUCAACAUUACCAAUCUUCAGCCCGUCACAUGGCCACACGUACCUUCCGCCGGCGCCAAAGUCGACAGAAGCCAGUCAGCUGACACAAGCGAGUAAAGAAAACACCCCGGUGCCUGACGCGGAUGCUACGAAUAAAGCACAAUCUCUCGAGGGAGCCCAAAUCGGUACCAGCUCAACGGUGCAUGACAUGAAGAUGCUCGCUGAGUCAUUCAAUCUUCUCUCUCGGUAUGGCGAUGAGUACAUGGACGAAAGCCCUUUAAUGGGCGAACCUGGAUCGUUCAUUCUAUCCCGAACUGGAGACGCGGAUCGAGGUGUGGCCUCGAAACAACAGCAACAGGCCCCAACCACCGGCUCCGCGCCAGUCAAGGCGGCAACACCGCAAGCCAAGGUCGAUACGCCAGGGAAAGCGUCCGAAAAGGGCGCGAGCGCUGCAGAAGAGCCCAAGCUCCGGAAGAAAAAGAGCAAACCGGGGAAUUAG